AUGGAGACAACUGGCGCUCCGUCCCGAUCAUUGGGUCGGCCCCGGAAAGGACUGCAGAUAUGUUUCCAGUGCCGUAACCGAAAGGUCCGGUGUGACAGUACAGCUGGAGGUUGCGAGAACUGCCGUCGUCUCAAGUUCCAGUGCUCCUUCGCAGUCCCGGACCAAGUUCUUGAUAAUGGAACGCCUCGUACGCCAAGCAGCGACUCGAGCCAUCUGAGGUUGGAGAAGCGCCGUGUACGCACUGCUUGCAUCCAAUGUAGGGACAAGAAAACCAAGUGUUGCGGGACGCAGCCUUCAUGUCGCCGGUGCUCUCAUCGGGGAGUUGACUGUCAAUAUCCCGACCCGUCCAAAUCGUCGUCGUCAUCGUCGUCGAAGGCUUCAACCUCGAAUUACCAUGUUCGGUCGCCAGACCGAUUGAGAGACAACUCGGAAAGAAACGAAGACUAUCAGAAUCGGACCAUCAACCGCGAUAUCUCAACUACAGCCUCACCGGCCUCAUCACUCGGCUUUGAGCUGAACGCGAACAAGACAAUAGUCAAGCAGCACAUUGACACGUUCUUCGAUUUCGUAUAUCCGAUACCCUGUUAUGCCUUUGUUCACAAGGCAACAUUCUGCCAAAGCUGGGCGCAAGGCACCCACAACCCUCGCCUUCUGAAGGCAAUGUGCGGCCUUACUGCACGCUACAUCGCCUCGGGUGACACGGCACGCCUACGACAGGCAACACGGUGGAUCCAAGAGUCGGAGAUGCAGCUUCUCAUGCGGUUGAGCGAGCCCUCCAUGUCCGAUAUCGAGGCUCUGAUGCUUACCACGUUGGAUCACAUCAUUGCACGCCGCUUCAGCAAGAUGCUAGUGUCAGCAUGCCUCGCGGCGAGGUUGGCUUUCAUGAUGCGGCUCAACUACGAGGAUAGCCGUCUGAGUUUCCUCACACAGGAACGGCGCAGACGUCUCAUGUGGGCAAUCUUCACGAUGGAAACGCUUUACUCGAGCGGGAGAGCGGAGUUCACUGGCUGCUCCAAGGACACGAUACAUCUACAGCUCCCCUGCAAUGAGCACUCGUUCACACUAGACAUCCCCGUCACGACAGAGCCGUUAAAGCCUUCGAGGACACAAAACGGCACAGAGUUGGGCCUCAUGGCUUACAACGUCCGCGUUCUCGACAUACGCGACCGAAUCCAGAGGUUGUCUCAUACUAUAACUCACCGACAGAAGCCUCUGGUAGAAUGUAUUACACUACUUAAGGGGCUCGUCGGCGAAUUAGAUGCCCUCCGUCGGUCUCUGCCUCCGCAGUUUACUUUUGACAAAAAGAACCUCUUCCUUCGAGCGUAUACCCCUCAGCGAACCCCAUACGUCAUGUUCCAUACCUGGUGGCAUCAAUGUCAGUGUGACAUGUAUCGAUUCACGAUACCCGGUCUCCGGGAGGGGCUCCCUCUCGAAGAGCUGCGAUGUCUACCUGCAGAUUUCGUCGCCUACUGUCGAAACCAGUGCCUCGAGCACGCCCUGGCCGUCGCGAACAUCAUGGCCACGGUAACCGAGAUGGGCAGAGACAUCUUCAUCACAGAUCCGGCCCUCGUGAUGUGCACUUUCCACUCCGCCCGUGUCAUCUCACGGCUUGGCUCGGCGCAGUUCGCCAACCUACCUAGGGACGUCCUGAUAGCCAAGCUCAAGUCGUGCUCGGAUAUUCUCGAGACCCCCGCCGAGCUCUACCCGACCACGAAGCUCCUGCAGGGCGGAAUCUUCGACCUGAUUCAUGACGCGGAGCGUGGUUCCGGGGACUCGAGCCCCCUGAGAUCGAGUUGGGAUACGGAACAGCCGGGGUCUGAUUCGGAUGCGUCUGGAUCACAGCGAUCCGGUGUCCGGGGCAGCAGGCACGGUUCGGUGCCAGAGGUGUACUCCAAAUACAGCGUAACAGAUGAGAUCCGAAAGCUAAAGUUCCAUCAAGAUGGUGAAGAAACAGCUCGGGAAUACCAGACUAGUUGUCAGGACACUGGAAGCAGUGGUAACGCUGGUGUAUCUCAACAGUUCACAAUGGCCGGUGUGCAGGAAGAGAAUGAGCCGCAGGCGUAUGCGCCGAUGCCACAGGACAUUACAGCAAACAGCUUCGGCUUCUCAGAGUCUGGGUUUGGUGGCACUACAGCACCUUACGAUGUGACAAUGACGCUGGGAUUCGAGCCUAGCUACGGCGAGUGUCAGCCGGAUUUGUUUCUUGACUCCUUCAUGCCUCUUCAAACCGAUUGGAACAUGCCCGAUCCUGGUUGCUAUUGA